UUCGGGAGAAUGGCGUCCGCUCAAGUUGAAGACGAGACGCUGCAACUUGCCACAUUCCUGUCGCAACUGGCUUAUGAAGAUCUCCCGCAAGAAGUGAUUGAGCGCUCCAAACAAGCCAUCUUGAACAUCAUAGGCUGCGCUCUUGGAUCCGCAAAUGCGUCUCCCCGUCGUAAGGCCCUUGCUGCGCUUCUCCCUGGCGCGCCAGCAGAAAGGGGCGCAUCCGGGGCUGUCACAAUAUGGGGCCGACCAGAACGCACCAACUUGGAGGAUGGGGCAAUUCUCAAUGGCAUUGCGGCGACGACGGCAGACUACGACGACACACAUUUGGAAACAGUCAUCCAUGUGGCGUGCACCGCCAUCGCGGCGAUUCUCCCAUUCGCAGAAGCACAUCACCUAUCCGGCAAGGAAGUGAUCUUGGCUUUCGCCGUCGCCGUCGAAACACAGUGUGCUGUCGCGUUGGCAGUAUCUCCGUCGAGUUAUGCAGAUGGAUGGCAUAUCACUGGUUUAACGGGAUCGUUCAGCGGCGCGGCGGGCAUUGCAAAGUUGUUACGGCUCCCUCCCAACCAGUUCGCGGCAGCAUUGGGGCACGCAUCCAGCAUGGCAUCGGGGACACGUGCGAUGUUCGGGACAGACACGAAAACGCUGCACGCGGGCCAACAUGCGCGGAACGGUAUCACGGCUGCGAAAAUGGCGAAAGAAGGGUUUGCUAGCUGCGUCGCUCCCAUUGAAGCGUGGGCGAGACUGGUUUCGACAACCAUCGACACGAGUCAGAUCGCAGCACUGGCCCGCGGUGGGCCGUGGCAGAUACUUCGAGUUUCGUUCAAGCCAUACCCGUGCGGGAUCGUGAUCCAUCCGCUCAUAGAUGCCUGCCUCGAGAUGUAUGCCUUCUUCUCAAGUGCCAACAAAACGGCAGAGGGCCCGAAACGGGUGGAAGAUAUCGCCAAGCUAGAGGUCGUGGCCAAUCCGCAACUGGUCCGGCUUUGUAAUGUUCGACACCCGCGCAACGGCCUUGAAACGAUCUUCUCGCUCUAUCACGGCUGUGCGGUCGCUUUGGUUCAUGGCCGCGCGGGUGUUGCCGAGUUCUCGGACGCUACGGCUGCUCAUGACGCUCAAGUUUAUGCGGUAAGGGACCUUAUUACGGUGCGCAUAGACGAUAAGAUGAGGGAUGAUGAAGCAAUCCUUCAUUUCAGAUCACGACCUUCCUCAGGAGGUGCCAUUUCGGAGAAAACCAUACGAAUAGAACGAGCCCUCGGGUCAGUGGAGAAUCCUCUAAGCAAAGCAUUCCUCGAAGAAAAGUUCUCGAGGCAGGCGGAGUGUUCUCUGGACAGAAAAUUUGCAGAUGCCAUCAUAAAGGCAUGUUGGGAGCUUGAUUUGGUGGAGGACGUUAGCGACAUCGUGAAGCUGCUGGGCGCGACACGGGUAUAG